GCAAAUUUAUUUCUUUUUCUAUCACAUACCUUUUCUGACUAAUUGAACAAAUCUGGCCUGCUCAGUGGUUUGGACGACUGUUUACGCAACAACACGUAUUGAUCAGUUUUCUAUAAAAAAAAAAAAAAACUAGCUAUUAAGUAACCAUAGGGGUAUUCUCGUCCUUUUAGCAAGCUUCAGCCUGCCACCACGACACUUUGUCUUCCACCUCCGUCGUCAGCCGCCACGACACUGCUCCUUCCUCGCGCGUCUCUUGAUCGUCGCAGAGAUAGACAGAGAGAGAGAAGAUGAGGUUGAUUGUGCACAACAUGAUGUCUUGCAACAUCAAAGGAGUUGUUAACAACUUUCCUCUGCGGAUCGAAGCCGAGAAGGUGAUUGAGAAGGAAGUCGAUUUCAACCCGGAUUUUCUCAGGCACAUGUUCGCAAAGAUCGAGUGGAAGGCUCUUGUGGAUGGUGCUCGUUCUUUAGGUUACACCGAACUUCCGGAUCACGCACCAGACACGGCGGCGCUGGAAUCCGACGAAUCAUUUCUCAGGCAAUUCCACCACGCUUUGCUCGAGCUCCACCUCGAGGAAGGCUCACUCGUCUGCCCCGAAACCGGUAGAAAGUUUUCUGUCAACAAGGGCAUCCCCAAUAUGCUUCUCCACGAGGACGAAGUUUAAUUAUUCCUGAUCCUGAUGUUUUCAGAGAUCAAUGGAUUCCGAAAAUUUUAGAAGAUUUAAAAAUUAGAAGAAAAUUUACAUUUCAUUCCUCUUGCAUUGUGUUAUGGAUGAUUCUCUAAGCAAUAAUGCUCUGCAAAUCUAUAUCUUUUCUCCAUUCUUAUCAUUCUAC